AUGUCCCACAAUGUCCAAACAGUCGACGACCUGUUGAGUCACGCUCUGGAUGCGGCUGAUGUAGUCGCGCAGCCGCCCCUGGUACACGAGCGCGGCGCGCAGAGCCUCCUUCUGGCUCGCGCACACCUGCGCGAGCAGGUGCCGCUCCCGCCGGUCCCGGCUCAGCCUCUGCGUCUGGCUCUCCCGCUCCAGGCGAGCGCUCAUCGCGCGCAGCGCGCCGUUGCGCGCUCGGAGCGCGGCGACGCAGCAGUGGUUGCCACGCCGCUCGGCCAGGUCUUCGCGGGGCAACACGAGACCGCAGCCCUUCUGGCAGCGCUCAGGCGCGCCGUGGGACCCCGCGUCGCCCGAGUUCCGAGUUCGUCCGCGGCGCGCACCGCCACCGUCGCGCCGUACCGCCGGUCUCUGGACGCACGUCUCCAUGUGGCCCCGCAGGUCCUGCAACCGGACCUCCUCCUUGCAGCCCCUCGAGAAGUAGCCACACCUAACGGCCAGCUUCCCGACGAGCCGCUUCACUGCGACAGCGCUCGGCGCAGGUCGCCCAGGGUCAGGGAGGGUCGCUCGCAGCGCCGCCCACGGAGCGAGACACUCGGCGCACAGCGUCUCCUCCAGAACGCGCCCGCAUGUUAUGCACUUCACGUCCGCGUCGACCGCGAGCACAAAGCUCCCGGAGUCAACUCCCAUAAUACGAGCAGCAGGCGCAUCGAAGAGCCGCGGAAAGUCUGUCAGAGCCGCGACACGUGCGGUGGAACAGCUAAGGUGGUCCCUGGAAGCAGAAAUGUGUGGUGA